GGUAAGGUCAGCUGCUGAAGGAAGUAGUUUCAUCGGUCUAAGAAGAUGAGCGAACGCGACCGAGGUCGCGACCGGGAGAAGGAUCGAGACUACCGAGAUCGAGACAGGGACCGAGAACGCGACAGAAGGCGAGAUAAAGACGAUCGAGACAGGAAAGAUCGCGAUCGUGAUCGCGAUCGCGAUCGCAAAAGGUCACGUUCGCCUGACCGAGGUAGAUCUCGCCACGGUCGUUCUCAAGAAAGGCACAGGUCAAGAUCUCGAUCUACAGAUCGUCCUAGCCGCCGUCACUACAGAUCUCCUUCUCCUGACCAAUCGCGGAAGCGUCAUAAGCGAGGGGAUGAUAAUAAUGAUAAGGAUAGACAGAGAACUGCUUCCGUUGUAUCCGAUUUUGUGGACGGGAUUGUGAAUGAACAGCAGAAGAAGAAAGAGGAGAAGGAUGAAGGAGAGAAGGGAGGUGUGGAUGAGGAUGAGAUGGAGAUGAUGAAGAAGUUUGGGAUUCCGGUAGGGUUUGAUUCGACAAAAGGAAAACAUGUACCUGGAGCUGAUGUUAGUGGAGUUAGAGUGACGACUAAGAGGCAGCCACGGCAGUAUAUGAAUCGACGAGGUGGAUUCAAUCGACCUCUCCCAGCUGAGACGAAUCGUUAGAUUGAAUUACAGGUUGUGACAUUAAUUGGAUUAGCUGGUUUUUGAAUAGGGCAGGGCUUACUUUGUUGUUUCUGGAUCCAUAGUUGCUUAAGUGAGUGUAAAUUCUUGAAACCCUAAACCAUUCCGGCAACAAGAAAGCUCAAUUUCAUUAUGUGAUAAGAGUGAGAUAUGCUUUGUGUUUUUGUUUGUUAGUCAAUUAGAUAUCAAUUUUGUUCUUUAGAAAAUGAUUAGUGGUGGCGGGUAUCGACGAGUUUAUAUCCCGACAA